UUUCCUCCACUCGGUGUCGCUGGUUUAGCAACUAGCCGGGCUUGAAGCUAACUGACUUUAGUCAAUCAGGCUCUGGGCCGGCAUCUGGAAAUGUCUCCGGAAGUGGCAGAGCUACAGCAGACCGGCUUACAAGAAAUUUGAUUUAUAAUACGUUUCCACGAGCCGCAAAGCGCGGGGGGUUAUUUUGUUUUUUUGAGUGCGAAGAGAUGGACUAAAGGACACGUUAUUCGCGGAAGGCUGGUGGAACGCUUAGCCGCCUUAUGCUAACUAGCUUGGUGUCAUUAACCUCGCUGGACGGCUCGGUAAAUAUUCCCCCCCUCCCUCUUCAGGACUCAUUUUAUGCCUUUAUAUAUUUGAACGGCAACAAGACGAGUGUGAGAUGGACUGCUUAAUAUUUCAUUCCACGCCUUAGCACUCAAGUUUUUCGUGGGCUAACAACGACCGCAUUGUUUUCCUCGCCUCCUCCCUCUCCUCAUGUUUGAAAUGGAGACGCAUGUUUCGUGCCUUUUCCCUGAGAUCUUGGCCAUCAUCUUCAGCUACCUGGACGUGAAAAACAAAGGACGGGUGGCCCAGGUGUGCGCGGCGUGGAGGGACGCAUCCUACCACAAGUCGGUGUGGCGGGGGGUGGAAGCCAAACUGCAUCUACGCCGGGCCAACCCUUCCCUCUUUCCCAGCCUGCAGGCGAGGGGCAUCAAAAAGGUCCAGAUCCUCAGCUUGAGACGCAGUUUGAGCUACGUGAUUCAGGGGAUGCCCCAUAUCGAGAGCCUGAACUUGUGCGGCUGCUUCAACCUGACAGACAACGGGCUGGGCCAUGCCUUCGUGCAGGACAUCCUGUCGCUGCGGGUUCUCAACCUGAGCCUGUGCAAGCAGAUCAGCGACUCUAGUCUGGACCUUAUCGCCCGGUACCUGAAGAACCUGGAGGUUCUGGAGUUGGGCGGAUGCAGCAACAUCACCAACAUGGGGCUCCUCCAGGUGGCCUGGGGGCUGCGCCGGCUGAAGAGCCUCAAUCUGCGCAGCUGCCGUCACGUGUCAGACGUGGGCAUCGGGCACCUCUCAGGCAUGACGCGCAGUGAGGCGGAAGGCUGCCUGGCGCUGGAGAAGCUCACGCUGCAGGACUGCCAGAAGCUCACAGACCUGUCACUCAAGCAUGUGUCCAAGGGCCUGGGUGGGCUUAAGAUGCUCAACCUGAGCUUCUGCGGCGGCAUCUCGGACGCCGGCAUGAUCCACGUGUCCCGCAUGAGCCAGCUUGGCAGCCUCAACCUGCGCUCGUGCGACAACAUAAGUGACACAGGCAUCAUGCACCUGGCCAUGGGCUCGCUGCGUCUGUCGGGCUUGGACGUGUCCUUCUGUGACAAGAUCGGUGACCAAAGCCUGGCUUACAUGGCGCAGGGCCUCUACCGGCUCAAGUCACUGUCUUUGUGCUCGUGCCACGUGAGCGACGACGGCAUCAACCGCAUGGUGAGGCAGAUGCACGAACUCAAGACGCUCAACAUUGGACAGUGCGUGCGAAUCACCGACAAGGGCCUGGAGCUCAUCGCCGACCACCUGACGCAGCUGACGGGCAUCGACCUGUAUGGAUGCACCAAGAUCACCAAGAGGGGCCUGGAGAGGAUCACACAGUUGCCCUGCCUCAAGGUGCUCAAUCUGGGUUUGUGGCAAAUGACCGACAGUGAGCGCGUCAGGUGAAAACAACUUUCCACGGAUACCAAACUAUUGAGGGAGAGCGCGGCGAGACAUUUGUCCAUCUCUCGCCUUUUGCAUUUGUUGACUCGGGGGUACACUGGCUCCCACACACAUUCCAAAACAUAUUGGCUUCAUUGAAGACUAAAUUGUCCAUAUGCGUGAGUGUUUGUUUUUCUAGAGUAUAUGCGCCCUGUGAUUGGCUGGCCACCAGGACAGGGGUUGCGCUGAACUCACCUGUGACUAGGCAUGGGUUAGAUUCUGAUGGUAUGAUAACCAUGAGCAAAUACAUGCCAUCACAGUAUUACAUUUACAGCUCUAAAACCUUUUUGAAAAUUAUUUAAGUAAAUAAAAACUUGGAUUGGUUAUCGAUUUAGAUUUCCAAAAUCGAUUCGAUUUACUUUGACUGAUUUUCGAUUCAGUUAAGGAUUUCACGCAGUACCGAUUUCACUUUCAUAUGCAAUACAUUCCUAGGACAAGCAACGUUAGAAAUAGUAGAAACCCUAUGCUCUAACGUGGUGCAUUAGUAUUAAUAUAUAAUAUACGAAUAGCUACAUUAAUAAUUUAACCCAAUGCAAUAAAACACAUGAUAAAAAUAAUCAUGUAUGCUUUAUUGAAUAUAACAUGUUCAUUAAAUAAAUCAAUUCCAACCACAGGGCAGGCUGUGUAAAUAAAGUGGCAAAAACACACCGUAAUCUCAUUACAUUUACAUUCCUGACUGACAAAGUUUCAGUUCUUGCUGUCUUCAUAUUUUUGAAGACCCCAAAACCUCCAGACAUUUGCCUUCAAGCGUGUUGGCACUGCUUCAAGUACUUCUGCCAUGUUGUUUUGAUACGCUACUCUCGCAUGGUGAUGAGAUCUCGCGUGAUGCGAGAAGUCUCAUGAAUUUAUGGGGGGAAAGAUGUACAGUAUUGAAAGGAUCUAUUCAUGGUUUUAUGAAUCGAUAGUGAGCUAAGAAAAAAACAUUUGAUUUGAUUCAUCGAUUAAAAAAAAAAAAGUCCUUAUUAAAAAAAAAUUCCAUUGAUUCCAAUAUAGAAUAUACAGUGUAGAAGAAAUGUGUAUCAUAUUCAAAUAAGUAAUUGACGUUCUUCUGUUUUAAAUCUUUUCAUUAAGUGUCCCAUCACUCUUGAGCUAUUAUUGUUAAAGUAGACCCAGUGGGCUACUCAUGUUGUCCUUGGGCUGCUGGCAUUUUUUUUUCUUAAACCUUGAGUUUUUGAAACCGCGUAAACUGUCAACCCGAUAAUCAGCCCAUGCCUACCUGUGACCCAGAUCAAUAGAAGCGCUAUUUAAUUUUUUUUUUUUUUCAGCAGCACUGCAGGCUAGUCAUUAGCACAUCUGCCUCUCAAUCAAAUGUUCAGGGUUUAAAUCUCAGCUCUAGCCUUCCGAUGUGGAGUUUACAUGUUCUCCCCGUGCUUACGCAAGUUAAUUGAAGACUAAAUUGUCCAUAAGUGUGAAUGUCAGCUUGUUUGUCUACAGCAGGGGUGCCCAAGUCCGGUCCUCGAGAACCCCCAUCCAGCCUGUUUUAGAUGUCCACCUCCUCCAUCUCUCCUGAACGAUCAGCUCAUCAGCAAGCAUUCCCAAAGCCUGAUAAUAAUCCUGAUCAUGUGUUGGAUGAGAGAGAAAUCUAAAACAAGACUGGACAUGGGCAUCUCUGGUCUACAGUGUAUGUGCCCUGUAAUUGGCUGGCAACCAGUCCAGGGUAUGCUCCCACUUCCGACCCAAAGUCAGCUGAGAUUGGCUGGAGCAACUUAAUCGCGUGUACAGUUGUUUAGCUACCUCUCCCGCACACACACAGCAGUGCCUACAGCUCAGUACUAGAUGUUAACUUUGCAUAUUUUUACAACUCCAGCACAAAUUCUGCCCUUGGUACAAAAAAAAAAAUCAUGGUAAUAAUAGGUCGGCAUUUUUAUUCUUAAGGCCGGCAUAGCUCCUGGAAUUUGUACUCCUUUUUUGGUUCUUGUAUUUUUUAACAAGCAAUAUUUUUGUAUGGAAUAAUUUUGUACUUCAAAUUGAAGUUGUUUAUACAUUGUGUAGAAUGCGGCGGCGAUGUUCCGAGAGGACGCCACACAAAAUGAAAAGUCACUAUGCCCCAGAACUGCGGCCUUUUGGCUGAUGGUUAUUAAGGCUUUAUGCAACAAAGAAGCAAAAAAAAAACUGUUCAGUGGAUUUUUUUCUCAUGAGCAGCUUCCAACGAUAGUCUUGAGUAUUUGUUUUAAAAAAAAGUAACGGUAAUUUAAGAUGUUUUAUAUUCAUACUGUAGUGAUAUUUAUGAAUAAAGAUGGAAAUAUGUUUCUCCUGAAUCUCA